UUGAGAUACUAUUAUUGUGUGCCUAAUAUUUUUAUAAUGGAAAGAGAAGAGACAGUUGAUGAUAUUGUGGCAAAGCUUGAAAAGGUUAAACAUCCAGUACGUGAUAAUAUUUAUUACUAUUGUUAUCAAGGGUUUUGGGUCAAUGAAUUUCACUUGAAAGGUAUAAAAUCUUUCCAAACUCAAUUUGUAGCAAGAGAAGAUGAUAUUGUAUUAGCUUCAUGUCCAAAAUCAGGUACCACUUGGUUAAAAUCUCUUGUUUUUGCUAUUGUCAAACGUAAUAGUAUUAAAAAUGAUAGUCAUUUAUUUACUAGUUCCAAUCCACAUGAUCUUAUACCUUUCGAUAUGAAUGAGAAAUUCAUGUCAAUUAUUGAAAACAUGAAGCCAAGACUCAUGGCUACCCACAUUCCAUAUCCCUCAUUACCAAUCUCUAUCAUCAACUACUCUAAUUCUAAAAUUGUAUACAUUUGUAGAAAUCCAUUGGAUUUAUUUGUUUCUGAUUGGUACUUUAAUCAUAAAGUAUUAUUUGGUGACGAUCUUGGUCAUGAACCAAGUCAUUUAGAAGAGUAUUUCGAUAUGUUCUGUAAAGGAAUUCAUGUAUUUGGACCAUUUUGGGACCAUAUUUUGGGAUAUUGGAAAGCAAGUUUAGAAAUACCUCACAAAAUAUUAUUUUUGAAAUAUGAAGAUCUUAAAAAAGAUAAUAUAUUCUUCAUUAGAAAGAUUGCAGAUUUUUUGGGAUUUCCUUUUUCAGUGGAAGAAGAAAAUCAAAGAGUUCCACAGGAAAUUGAAAAGUGGUGUAGUUUUGAGCAUUUGAGAAAUUUGGAGGUUAAUAAAAUUGGGAAACGUCCUAGUGGAGCAUCUAAUAGUUCAUUCUUUAGAAAAGGUGAGAUUGGAGAUUGGGCAAAUUGUUUGACACCUCAAAUGGCAGAGCGUGGGAAGAAACUCAUCCAACACAAAUUUGGACAAUAUAAUUUAACCUUUGAUGUCUAGGGUUUAGUAGUAAAUUAUAAAUAUGUAAUUGAAUAGUCUUUAAUUAAUGGAUAUGUAUUGAGAAAGUAGAACUUUGAUUCACAAUCUCUCAAAAAGUGUAUUUAGAGAUUUAUCCUGUCUCGAAAAUCACGUAUUAUACCUAUCAUCUAGCUUUCUUUGUUUUGUUGUUUUA